AUGUCUGAGAAACAGACGGGAGAAGCCGCCCAGUCUGCUGCGCCAGUGCAGGGAACUACCGAUGACCAUCUGAUUAAGCAUGACGACCAUAAAUCAACAUCUCGUCCCUCGUGUUCAAUACCUAAUGUAGCACCUGUCUCGAUGGUGCUGGCGUGGUAUAUGAGGACAAAGGAAAAGGCAGAUACGGCUGCUACCUCGUUUAAACACCAUCCAAGUGAGACUCCUGCAGAUCAUCAACAUGCACCUUUAGAUCCGGAGAAAGGCUAUUAUGGAAAUUCAUCUGCAGAAACGAAUGCCCGGGCACUCGAAAAGGUGGAGUUGUUGGUGGAACAAAAAAAUCAAGUGGAAAAGAUGAUGAUAAAAACCAUUAUAUUUCUGCUAUUCCAAAAAUCACAUCUGUCUUUAACUCUAGGCGAUGUCGGAUGGUAUGGAUCCUCCUACUUACUUACAACAACCGCUCUCCAGCCAUUAUUUGGAUGUAUUGGCUUCUCAAUGCCUUUGAUUAGACGACCAUUAUAUAAUGCCAUGUUAUCGUCAAUGUUUGGCAUUUCUAGUGUCAUCGGUCCUCUUCUCGGUGGUGCUUUAAGUGAUAAAGCUUCAUGGCGAUGUCGGUGCAAUUGCUAUCGAAGCAAAGCUUCCGGUAUCCGUACGAUCCCAUACCUCGGUUCCGUCAUCGUAUCGUCCAUUUUAGCAGGAGCUAGUAUCAUCGUUCUCCGUUUCUACAAACCUUUCAUGAUUGCUACCGGUAUGGGAGUACAAAUACCAUUUAUCGCCGUUCAAGUUGUUCUCAAUGCAAAGGAUAUGCCUAAUGGAAACGCCAUUGCUAUUUUUUUCAAUUCCCUCGGAGGAGUAAUUUCUAUUUCUAUCGCUCAGAAUGUAUUCAGUAAUGGACUCGUCAAAUAUGUUCCUCAAUACGCUCCGGAAGUUAAUUCUGCAGUCAUUUACAAGGCUGGCGCUAUACGUCUUAGAGAUGUUAUUCGUCCUGCUGAUUUGGUGGGUGUAUUGAUCGCAUAUUGUAAGGCUUUGGAUGAAUCAUUUAUUUUGGCAAUUGCAGUUAGUGGUAUCGUGACGAUUUGUGCCUGUUUUUUGGAGUGGAAGAGUGCUAAGGGGAAGAAUAUUGAUCAUGCUGCUGCUGCGGCUUAA